CAGGUCAGUGUCUAAACGACUGAGGAUUGUGGGACAUAGGCGUUGAAUUCUGAACUAACGAACGAAAUAGUAAUGGACAAGUAUAGUGUUGUAUUUAAUUUCGGUGUGUUUAUUUUUCUUGGAUUUGCUUUCUAUUCUUCUGCUACCAGCCAUUAUUGUUAUGAGUGCAGUCAUUCUAUAGAUUUUCCCAUGGAAAGCUGUAUCAAUGCUACUGAUAGAAAUUCGGCUAAAAAGUGUUCAUAUGGAAACUGCUAUACUAACAUAGUAUAUGAUAAAAAAAACAAAUCCAUUACUUCGAUCUUUAGAAGUUGUAUGAAAAUGUAUGGAGAAGGAGGAUGUGAUGCAGAUUCAAAACAAAUUGUUUGUCAUCAGACGUGCCAAGAAGAUUAUUGCAAUAGUAAAACAAAUCUUUUGUCAAAUACAGGUGACAAGCCGGAUAAAUCAGCUUCUGCUACCUGGAACUACUGUUACGAGUGCAGUCAUUCUACAGAUUCUCCCAUGGAAAGUUGUAUCAAUUCGAUUAAUAAGAAUUUUGCCAAGAAUUGUUCGACUGGAUUCUGCUACAGUAACAUAGUGUAUGAUAAAAAUACCAAAUCAAUUACUUCGAUGCUCAGAAGAUGUAUGAUCAAGUAUGUAGAAGGAAGAUGUGAUGAAGAUUCAAAACAAAUUGUUUGUUCUCGGACGUGCCAAGAAGAUUAUUGCAAUAGUAAAACAAAUCUUUUGCCUGCCAGUCAGUCAAAUACGGGUCACAAGUCGAAAUAUUCUUUACUUCUAAUCUUCUUUACUGUUUUCGUUUAUGUUUGA